UGCCAGGGGGUUCGGGCUGGGUUAGAGCAAAACCGUCGGGAGGGUCUGGCCAGCUUGGAGAACGUGCCUCUCCCUGGGGGGUGCAGAGACCGCCCGACUCAUUGCACUAGUGAGCAGGAGGUGCAGCCCGCAGCCGGCGCUCGCAGGGGAAGGAAGCAAAGCCUGGCAGCAGAUCCCGAAUCUCGAAUCUCCUGCAGUGAAGCAUGCCAGGCCAUCCCCCAUCGGAGCAGGGGGCUGUUUGGAUCCAGGAGUUGUCCCCGCUGAACUCAAAAUCCGUAGGGAGCUCUGGGAAGCGAGGAGCUGGGCAGUGCCAGCACCAGCUCCCCGAGACUCGCCGCUGCACAGUCACUCUGCUGCUUCCCUGGCUGGGUGAGCUUGGAAAUUGCUGCAUUUCUCUCCCCUCUCGGGGACGGCUGGGGAGCGAACGCGCUGCUGCUGCUCAGCUAAUGCCGGAGGCUGCGAGGAGGGUCCUCGCUCUUCGACGCGGAGCCCCAAAGAUUUUUUUUUUCCUGCCCACGGUGAUUUUUACCUGCCCAGGCUGUCCCGCUAGUGGGGAGCGUUUGCCAUGGACAACAGUCACGUAAGCAGAUACCGCUUAAGCGUCACCACGAGCCCGCCUCGGUGGGAGAUCGGCAUCUACACCGCCGGUGCCUUGGUGCUGCUGGGAAUAGCCGCCGUCAACCUCUGGAAGCUCUGGCGCUCCGGCAGCUACCCGGCACCUUCCCCCUUCCCCAACUACGACUACCGAUACCUGGAGCAAAAGUACGGGGCGGCGUAUUCGGAUGUCAAACACAAGCGAGGGACGGCCCCGGGCUCGCAGAGGGUGCUGGAUAAGACCUCGCCCAACCGCAAGACCAGCCUGCGGGCAGACGACACCUUCGAGAGCAUUAACGAGCUGGGGAGCCUGGAGGUGAUGAGCAAAGACCUGGGCUUGGCCUCCUACGGCCCCUUGAAGAAAUCCAUCUCGGCCGACUCCCUCAGCUCCAUCUCCUCCAUCGGGAACAACUUUGGGCAGGAUUUCACGGUGGGGCAGGUGGAGGUCUCCAUGGAGUACGACGGGAAGGCGGCCACCUUGCACGUGACGCUGCUGCAGGGCAAGGACCUGCUGGAGAAGGAGGACGCUCGCUUUGAGUCCUGCUUCAUGCGCAUCAGCCUGCUCCCGGCCGAGCAGAUCGUCGGCAUCUCCCGGAUUCAGCGGAGCGCUUACGCCGUGGCCUUUGACGAGCGCUUCUCCAUCCCGCUGGACCCAGCGGCGCUGGAGGAGAACAGCCUGCGCUUCUCUGUCUUCGGCAUCGAUGAGGACGAGAGGAACGUCAGCACCGGCGUGGCCGAGCUCAAGCUCUCUGACCUGGACCUGGCCACCCGUCCCUUCAACGCCUGGCUCUACCUGCAGGACAUGAACAAGGCGGUGGACACGGUGGGGGAGAUCCUGCUCUCCCUGAGCUACCUGCCCACGGCCGAGCGCCUGACAGUGGUGGUGGUCAAAGCCAAGAACCUCGUGUGGACCAACGGCAAAGUGACCGCAGAUCCCUUCGUCAAGGUGUACCUGCUGCAGGACGGGAGGAAGAUCAGCAAGAAGAAGACAGCGGUGAAGAGGGAUGACACCAACCCUGUGUUCAAUGAGGCCAUGAUUUUCUCGGUGCCGGCUAUCGUGCUCCAGGACCUGUCCCUGCGGGUGACGGUGGCCGAGUGCGGCGAGGACGGCCGUGCCGACAACACGGGCCACGUCCUCAUCGGCCCGGCGGCCAGCGGGAUGGGCAUCACACACUGGAACCAGAUGCUGGCCACGCUGAGGAAGCCCGUCUCCAUGUGGCACCCGCUCCGGAGAAACUAGGCUGCUGGCGGGGUCCGGGGGGGAGCCUGCCAUGCCUCCGGGGUCCUGCACCCCGACACUGGGUCUGCCCCGGGGACAGCGGGCAGAGGGGGGCUCUGCCUGGCCGGUGGCUCCCCCGAGAGCUGCCGCAACACGGCGUUUGUUGCUGGACAGGGGCUGAGCGAGACUGCAGCGCUGACGCUGAAAAGGCAGAGCUGCCAGCGCACCUUGGCUGGAGCAUCUCGCUGCCGAAAUAUUUGGAGGACAGAGCAACUCCUUGGCUGUGCCUCUCCCCAUCCGGGUCACCCUCGCAUGCGCUGGGGGCUGUGAACAGACCUGCCGAGAAAGGAGCCCUCCCUUCAGAUGCACCAAAACCAGCAACAACCUCCCCAAACCGCUGCCUGGCCGCCAGCCGAGCUCCUGAGCAUCCCGCAUGCUCCCUGGUGGCCCCCCGAAAUCCAUGGUGCCCUCGAACAUGGGCCCUAAGAGCUCCCGGGGGGGGGGGGGGGGAUUUCUUUGGAAGGUGGUUUUUGGUCGAAUGGGGGGGGAAAUGGAGAGGCGGUUGAUAAAGUGCCAGCACGGCAUGGUUUCUCUCA